AUGCGAACCGUUGCCUUGCCCGCUACCAUCUUUGUCGCCCUGUGGGCUGUCUGCUCACAGGCGACCCCGAUGCCGCCGACCAACUAUGUGUUGGCGCCGCUCUACACGCCGUCUAACCCGUCGGCCGCUUCCGAUGUCUCGGCAACGAACGCCCACAUCAUCAGCGACUCGUGAGUGGUCCGGUCGUCGAUCUUAUCUCGGCAUCCUUCGGCGCACCCGCCAUGCGCCUGCUCACAACGGUGCUGAUCACUCGUCAUGUCCAUAUCUUAUCCCGCGUAGCUACUUGAUCGUGCUCCAAGACCACCUCCAAGACCACGAGGUUGACCAGCACCACGCACGCGUCGAGCAGUUGCACGCCGCCGAUUCGCGCUUGCGUCAUUUCAAGCGCAUCGAGGAGCACCGCGCCCAGUUCGGUGGCGACGGCGGCAACCUCUUCAUGACCCAGGUCAUGGACGAGCUGCACGGCAUCAAGCAUCGCUUCGACAUUGGCAAAAAAGCCAACAAGAAGGCCCGCAAGGCGAUGCGCGGCUAUUCGGGCAAGUUCUCCCAAUCGACGCUCGAUGCGAUCCGUGCUAUGAAGGGCGUCAAGUACGUCGAGCGGGACUCGAUCGUCCAGGCCUAUGAAGUCGAACGGGGUGCUCCUUGGGUAAAUACCUUCUUUAUACCUCCUUUUGCCUCUUCUUCGGCCACAUUGUUCCCCUCCGCGCCCCGUGCUCGCGUCGGAUGAACGGCACGAGUGGCACGCCAUCCCCACAGAUCCGGGGUGGAGGUCCGAGCGUGGCCUUGGCUUGGUCCGGCAUGUGCACAUGUGGGCGAGUUUGGCUGACAGCGAUUUCGGCACUGUGUUUUGUAGGGUCUUGCUCGAAUCUCGCACCGCAAGCCCUUGUCGUUCGGAACGUUUAACCGCUACGAGUACGACGGCCAUGGUGGUGAAGGUGUCGACGCUUACGUCAUUGAUACGUGAGUUUUGAGUUCCUUGCUGAAGGAUCAUCCGCUUUGGUAGCUUACGACACGGACUUCGUCUCAUGUUUCCACGAUUGAUCACACAGGGGUGUCAAUAUCGACCACGUCGAGUUUGAAGGUCGCGCCAAGUGGGGCAAGACGAUCCCUCAAGACGCCGACAAGGACUUGAACGGUCACGGCACACACGUCGCCGGUACGAUGGCUUCAGCAAAGUACGGCGUCGCCAAGAGGGCCAACAUCAUCGCCGUCAAGGUGCUCGGUGCUGGUGGAAGUGGUACGAUGUCGGACGUCGUCGCCGGCGUCGCAUGGGCUGCCGAUGCGGCCUAUGCCAAGGCCAAGAAGAACGAUUCGAAGCACAAGGGCUCGGUCGCCAACAUGUCUCUUGGCGGUGGCAAAAGUCAGGCGCUCGAUGAUGCCGUCGACUCGGCCGUUGAGGACGGUCUUCACUUUGCGGUUGCAGCUGGUAACGAUAACCGGGAUGCUUGCGCUGUGAGUUGCUAUGGAAUUUUUGGGGGUCGAGUCAUUAUGAGUCGGGCACUAAAUCUUGUGCACUUGUGACGCGAUUUGCGACCGCAGUACUCGCCCGCCGGCGCUGUCAACGCCAUCACUGUUGGUGCUUCGACCAUCGCUGAUGAGCGCGCCUACUUCUCCAACCACGGCAAGUGCGUCGACAUCUUCGCGCCCGGAUUGAACAUCUUGUCGACCUGGAACUCGGGCAACACCUCGAUCAACACCAUCUCGGGCACGUCGAUGGCCUCGCCCCACGUCGCAGGUCUUGCCGCAUACUUCUUGUCGCUUUACCCCGACGGCUUCAACGUUCAAGAAGACGACUUUUCCUCCGAGUCGUACGAGCAAGUUUCGGGUACGGCGCAGAUGGUUCUUGGCCGCAUUUCAAACUGGCGAGCGUCCAUCCGCAAGAGCGGCGCUUCGGCCCAGGCCGCCAAGCCUCUGUCGCCCGCUGCGCUCAAGAAGGCGUUGGGGAAGAUUGGCAGCACGGGCCUCUUGUCGGACGCCAACAAGGCGCCCAUGCCUGCCGGCUCGCCCAACAUCUUGAUUUUCAACAACUACACUUCGUCGACUUCCGCUCUCGAGGCGAUGCACGCCAGUGUGCAGGAACUUGAGGCCUGA